CGUAGGUGAGCCUUCAACCCUUUGCAUGCAAUCCCAAAGAUGAAGGAUUUCAUGAGUCUUUUACGUCACCAUGACCCACUCUCCCUUCUCCAAGCUUGUACUAAAGAACCCAAUUCUCUCCCUCCUUCAAACAUCCAAAAAAGCUUCAGAGAUCCUCCAAAUCCAAGCCCAGCUGACCACCACCAACCUCAUCUCCGACACUUUCGCUGCAAGCCGAUUGAUAAUCUCAUUAACUUCAGGCGCUCUAAGCAUGAAUUAUGCAGAGCUCGUAUUCUCUCAAAUUGAGUAUCCCAGCACUUUCAUUUGGAAUACCAUGAUCAGAGGCUAUAUUGAAAGUUCGAAUCCUUGUCGUGCUUUCCAUUUCUAUUGUCGGAUGCAAAGGAAAAACGUGUUAGGAGAUAACCACACGUACCCAUAUGUUCUUAAGGCUUGUGGGUUGAUGUUGGGUCUAAAUGAAGGGAGGGAGAUCCAUGGGGAGGUUUUGAAGAGAGGGUUUGCUUCUGAUUUGUUUGUGAGGAAUGCUUUGAUCAGUAUGUAUUGUAGGUGUGGUGAUAUAGUUUGUGGUCGGACAUUGUUUGAUGGGUUUCAAGAUAGGGAUUUAGUUUCUUGGAAUUCGAUGAUUGGUGGGUAUGUGAGGUCUGGAGAGAUGGGUGAGGCUCAGAAAAUGUUCGAUGAAAUGCCGGAGAGAGAUGUGUUUGCUUGGGCCAUGAUGAUUGAUGGGUAUGGGAAGAAACUUGGUGAUCUUAGUCGUGGUCGUGAACUUUUUGAUAGAAUGCCUGACAGAGAUGUGGCAUGCUGGAAUUCAAUGAUAGAUGGGUAUCUGAACCAUGGAAAAAUGGUUGCUGCUCGUGAACUAUUUGAAGAGAUGCCCAAGAAGAAUGUGAUCACUUGGAGCAUUAUGAUUGAUGGCUAUGCCAGGUUUGGGAACACGAAGGAAGCGUUGAAUCUCUUUAAUCAUAUGCUUCACUAUGGAACAAAACCGGAUAAAAUUUGUACCAUGGGCGCGAUAUCGGCUUGUGCUCAAUUGGGUGCACUUGAUCAAGGGAGAUGGAUACAUACCUACAUACAGAAAAACAAAAUUAUAUUGGACAUCAUUGUUCAAACUGCUCUGUUGGAUAUGUACGUGAAAUGCGGGAGCCUGGAGGAGGCACGCACAAUGUUCAAUAGCAUGCCUGAAAGGAAUAUUAUUUCUUGGAAUGUUAUGAUUGCAGGACUUGGGAUUUAUGGCUUUGGAAUUGAAGCUGUUGAGUUAUUUGCUCAAAUGGAGAUGCAAGGAAUGCCAAUGGAUGAUUUGAUCUUCUUGAGUGUUUUAACUGCCUGCAGUCAUGCAGGCUUAGUAACUAAAGGUUUGGAUAACUUCAAGAAGAUGACCAGUGUUUAUGGUAUCAAGCCUAAGCUUGAGCACUAUGGGUGCUUAGUAGAUCUUCUUGGUCGUGCAGGACAAUUAGAUGAAGCGAAAAAUGUCAUACAGUCUAUGCCCAUGAAGCCAAAUUCGGCCUUGUGGGGAUCUCUUCUUGCAGCUUGCAAAACUUAUCAAAAUGUGCCUCUUGCGGAAGUCUCAGUAGGGAAACUAGUGGAGCUCAAGGCAGAUGACUGUGGGGUGUAUGUUAUCUUAUCGAACAUCUAUGCUGAAGAGGGGAUGUGGGAGCAUGUGUUGAAGGUGAGGAAGCUUAUGAGUUAUAGAGGGAUAAAGAAGGAAGCUGGGAGAAGUGUAAUCGAGGUUGAUGGUGAGGUUGAGGAGUUUGUUAAUGGUAAGAGGUCUCAUUCUUUAAGUGAGGAGAUAGAUUUGGUGAUCCGUAGCUUGUCCAUGAUGAUAAUAUCUGUAGGAUAGAUAGUUCCUUGCGAUGAAGAAUGCAAGUUAUACCUCUUGUCUACCUAUGUGGACUACUUGCUCUUCAACAUCCCAGAUGGGCACACACUCUAUCAAAAAGAGAGAAGCAAGAUGGAAAGGAAAGUGCAGUAACCUCUCUGAAAUAUCAGGUAUCAUGGAUUCGGCAUAUUAGUAGAUCCUCGCCCACCCUAAAGAAAUAUGGGAUUCAUGAGGUGUAGUGAUGCCUUGGGUUUCCCCUCGAAGCUGCAGUUAACUAUGAUAAACUCUGCUGUUGUAAUCACAAAAGCAGGGAAUUUGGGUGGUGGGUGAUCAUCAGAAAAUUCAUAACCAUGGUACUUUGGAUAAUCCGUUUUCUGUGAAGGGCUACAACAGAUUUUUGCAACUGAAAUUGGGUCAAAUUUUGGUUGUAGCUUCAUGUUUUUUAGAUUCUGAUUCGAAGAGAUCACCACCAUGCAGUAAUCAUUUGCAAUCUUGCAUACGCUAUUUAUGCAUUCCAUAAAAGAGUUCUACCUAUUUAUCUAUGAUGGAUCCGAAAGAAAGGGGAGAGUGCUUAGACAAGACCAGGGCUUGGGUUCUGCAUCCAACACAUUGUUGUCAGGUAUGCACUGUAGAAGAUUCA